GCUUGUGUCAAUUUGCCGCGGAGCUCAGAGUGUUUAGGAGGCUGUGAGGUUGGACGAGUUCCUGGAGCGCAGCACCAUGUCCUUCUGCUCGUUCUUCGGCGGAGAAGUCUAUAAGGAUCACUUCAAGUCCGGUAUAUACGUGUGCUCACAAUGCGGCUACGAGCUGUUUUCCAGUCGGAGCAAGUACCAGCACUCCUCCCCGUGGCCGGCUUUCACAGAGACCGUCCAUAAAGACAGCAUCUCCAAAUAUUUGGAGCGACCGAACGCCUACAAGGUGUCUUGUGGGAAGUGCGGUAAUGGACUGGGCCAUGAGUUUAUAAACGAUGGACCUAAGAAGGGUCAGUCCCGCUUCUGAAUAUUCAGCAGCUCGCUGACAUUCGUCCCCAAAGACAAAGUCGAUGGGGACGUACAGCGAGAAUAAAGCCUGUGCCUACUUAGCAAGCCACCGGGAGGCGCUGUGCCUUUCCUAACUGUCCUGUACCGAAUGAUUCACUGCAGAUAAACCCUUACUGGACGUCUGAGGUGAUGAAGACUAUGUGCUGGGGUUAGGCCUUGGUGCUGUGGGUUCCCAUGAUGCACGUUUGAUGCCGUGGCAGCAGCUUCACCACACAACCUUAAUUGUACCUUUUUGUCCUUAAAGGAUAAGUAAACCUUUAAAAUAAGUAAAUGUAAAAUUGAUGAGGGGGCUAUUCUAAGCACUUUAGCAAUGUACAUUUAUACCUUCAUAUUAAGGGAUACAGGUACUGUUGAAGGACCAGUAACAUCGAGAAGAAAAAAGUCGCAAAGUCUUUAUUAAGAAAUAACUUGUUUAUUUUCUUUUUAUUCCAUGUUAUUAAGGGAUACCUGUACGGUUAAUA